UUUGAAUUGAAUGUCAAAGCAUCGCAGGCAAAAUUAUCGGUAUAGUGAACGAUGGCUGAAAAUUUGGGAAAACGACCAUCGAAGGGUAUUCUGAAAACCUCUUCAAGUUUUGAGAAGCCGGAUGCACCGAAGAGGAAACAGAAAGAGACAAAAUGGGAUGAAAUGAAUAUAAUAGCAACACUUCAUCCACCUGACAAAGAGUAUGGCCAUAUGAAGAUCGAGGAACCCAAAACACCAUUCAACUGGGUUGAUGAAGAUGCAAUGGUAGAUGAACUUGAUGCGGCUGUACUCGCAGAGAAAAUUCGACUUGAGGCAACAAAGCCACCAAAAAGCAUUGAAGAAGAUUCAGAAAGCGAAGAAGAUAGUGAAGAUGAAACUGAUGAAAUGAAAGCCAAGCGUGUGGCAUUUGAAAGCAAACGAAAAGCUCACUACAAUGAGUAUUAUGCUGUAAAGCUUGCUCGGAAGCUGAUGGAGCAAGAGGAAGAGGUUGAAGAAGAUGAUUACUGUGAGCAUGAUGAAGCAGUAGAAAUGGAGGAGGAUGAUAAACAUGCACAACAAACGACUGAGAACAGUGCCAGUGCUUCAAAUAUGAACUGUGUCACAGUACCUGCAGCAACAGGACAUUGCAGUUAAAUCUUUCUGGAUUGUGUUACUAACUGGAUCUUAUUUAAAACAUUACAGACUGGUGUUCAUCUGUGUCCAUUAAGUUUAAUUUAUCAAAAGAAACAAUACUUUUCCCCCUUCCCAAAUGACAAAACUGAUCAGUAAAAGUAUAACAUUGGUUUUUGACAUUAAUUGCUAAAUGUGAAUGCACAAUUAAAUGCAGCUAAAAAUUUUAAUAUAUAUAUAUGUAUGUAUGUAUCAGAUGUAAAAACCCUUCAGUAUUUUGUCCAAUAUAGGGCAUAUAUAUGUGUGAGAUUUGAAAAGUGGAAGCUGGAAUUCUUUUAGAACUGAAAUCUUUUUUUUUUUCCGGUAGAUUAAUGCUUAAGUUCGUAACAAAACUGAGGUUACUUAGGAAAAAAUUAGGGAAAUUUGAAGUCUGAGGAUUGGUGGGCUGUCACUUACCAGAUGAACAUGUGGCAGAGCUGAUAAAAAUCUACUGAAGAAAUUGUUAGAAGGGUUUAGAGAGAUGAUGUUGAAGGUAGAAUUAUGGCUGAAAGGACAGUUUUUUGUUUAAAGACUUUUGAAAGAGUUAUUCUCACAUAUGAGAAUACACAAAUAAAAUGCCUUUAUUUUCCUAUGCAGUUAUUUUUUUCCCCACACAUAUAUGGCAGCAUUGAAGUCUGUCAAGCUCUUUAUUUUUAUUUUACCUAGCAAAUUAAAAUUUGUAUUUGGGUGCUAUCUUUAUAUAUAAUAGCUUCAGUUCACUGGUCAGUGACAGUUUGCUCCUACCUUUGGACUGCAAGGAAAUUUUGUCAGUCGUGAUUUGUGUCAUAUAGCAUGUACCAUUCCUAAGCUUCCCAGUGUGAUAGAUUUAUUGCUAGUGCAAACAGUUAUGUUCGUGAUCUGUUUUCAUAGGGAUGAAAUGCAUCAUGCUACAUUCCUGUAACCACUGGUAAGAAAUUUGUAAAUACAUUUCUUUAUUAUAUUGUGGAUAUGUUGUAAGAUGUUAUUCUUAAUUGUAUAAAGUACUGAAAUGCAAAUUCUUAUUUUUUCUGAAA